AUGGCUCAGCGUAAUGUCGAAUGGUUCAGUGUACACACGUAAGGUGUAGCGUUGCGUGAAAUGGCUUGGCGCCAUGUCGAUUACCACAAUGCAAAUACAAACAGUGUAGCGUUGCGUGAAAUGGCUCAGCGUAAUGUCGAAUGGUACAGCGUACACACAAAUGGUGUAGCGUUAUGUUGA